AUGGAUCUCAUGGUCUCAUUGCGACAGUGUAUUAUCUUGGCCACCCGGCCCAUCCUGCUGUAUACUCUCAUCCAGUCUCGCGACGCCAGUCACGCCGACAAAAAUACCACGCAGGCACAUGUCCAGACGCCCAAGACGCUCAUGGACCAACAGAUCGCUGCAGAUCUUCGGGUACUUCGACGCCCACCACCUCGUCUCUACCUCUUCUCGGUGGCGCUUAUCAUGGUGCUGUCCAGCCAGAUCCACGAGCACCGCAGCGACUACGGUCUGUUCGAGACAGCCCUGGAAAUUCUCCGCGCAAUGAGCAAUCACGGGAACCUGGCUGCCCCCGAGUUCUACAAUAACCUGGAGUGCGUGCAGCAAUGUCUCGACCAGAAAUGGGGCUCGACCACGCGCACCUCGCAUGCCAGCGAGUCAAGUCGCGUUCUCGACAGCCAGCCGAUGCGCUGCCUGCGCUUCCCCAGUCUGCACAACGAGCGACCAACGAGCGACCGAGGUGGAUCUGCCCGGAGGCUCUACGCUGCCCGAGACUACUGCGCCAGGGAAUCUCACCCAUGA